GUUUAGGGGUUUGUCCUUAUCCUUUGAGGAAAAUAAUGUAACAUUCUAUGCUGUCAUCUUACUAUUUAGUAUCACUGUUUUUUAAGAUUGUCUUCAUCUUCAGCUGCAGAUAGUAAACAGUGAAAAAAAACACUUUUCUUUUGUUGUUGUUCUUCUUUUGUUGAAGGAAGGUGUUAAUGGAAACCAUAGAGCAAAACAAACCCAAGGUGGUGGUGAUUGAUUCUUUGCAAUCAUGGGAAUUCUAUGUCAACCAAGCUUCUAACCAGAAUUCUCCUAUUGUCGUUCACUUUACUGCUUCAUGGUGCAUGCCAUCAGUGGCUAUGAUUUCGUUUUUUGAAGAGCUUGCAUCAGAUUAUCCAGAUUUUCUCUUUCUCUCUGUUGAUGUUGAUGAAGUUAAGGAGGUGGCCACCAAGAAUGACAUAAAGGCAAUGCCGACAUUUCUGUUUCUGAAAGAUGGUACUGCAUCGGAGAAGAUAGUUGGUGCGAAUCCAGAAGAGCUAAAGAAAAGGAUAGACGGGUUGGUUCAGACCACUCGCGCAUCGGUUGCGUAGUAUAUGCAUCUGUAUGAUGUUUUCACUUUGCAAGUUGUAAGAAUUGUGUUUAUGGUACUGCAGAAUAAUAUCUUGGUCAAAUCAUUUUCAUUUGUGAUGUUUUAUGUCAAAAGUUUUCAAGUGUAAAUUUCCUAGUUCCAUUAGCUUAAUGGUUUUGUUAAUGGUUACUACUUUCUACAGUUUUUUGUGGCAGAAAAGAUUUGUAUAUUUUGUCAGUUUUUAAUGUUGUGGAUUUUUAUUACUUUGUUGGAAAUCAUGUUUAUUGGUCA